UCAUGUAUAAAUGUGUUUUAUUUAGCAACUGAUUUGGGCAAUUUUUUUUAUUUGCCUGAGCUUUGGAUCAAACGUUGGUAUAGUUGCAAAAUAACUCAGAAUACUGAAGAAACGAAGAGAAACACACUCUUCAUCUCCUCCUGCUGUCACAUUCAUGACAUUACAUUAAGGUUGAAUUCUGCCUAUUUGAACAUUGAUUAAAGAAUCACUUGUUUCACCUCCUGAGUGUGUGUGUGUGAAUUAGCUCUGAAAGACUGAUGUGUGUAGAGAGAAUCAGUUUCUCGUGGCUGAGCUCUAAAAAUGUACCGACUGCAAAGGUCUGUGGCUGACGGAUGAUUAUAUCAGCAGCCUGCAACUCUUUCAGUCUUAUUUUUUGACUUCCUCUUCCCCUCUCUGUUUUGUCGCAGCAGACAGGAAGUGCCACAGGUACAUGACACACUUGAUUGACGUUGUGACUCAAAUGUCCUGCGCACACUUGCUGUGAGGCUGCAAGCUUUCUGCAGUCUUGUUUUGUCUGGGCUUAUGUUCUUUAUUUGAAUUUCCUCUGGACUAGUUUGUAUUCUGUAGAUUGAUUGAAUAGCUUUUAUACUGUAGACAGCUUGUGCCGUAAUUAAACGAGGCACUUUCAGUCCCAUAUAGAGCUGUUUAUAACUGAAUUGAUGGCUUAAUUAAAAGACACUGAACGUCUCAAGACAAGCAUUCUUGUCUCACAGCUGCACAAGCAAGCUGCAGAGUCCCACUGAGAACAAGUAGAACCAGAAACACACUGACAAACACUACCCAGCAUGACGGCUUCUUUUGUUUGUUUUGUGUGAGAGAAAUAUUCAUUCUCAUCAUCUGUUAUUUCUAAUCUUCCAAUUCGUCGCUUAGAGGAGACAAGGAGACAUGGAUCCGGUCAAAGUACGUUGAUAAGAAGUUCAUCCAAAAGCUGCCCGAGACCGGCAGGCCGGCCCUGCAGCGGAGGAACCGAGCGCUCACUCAGGAGAGGAACACACAGCGGCCGCCGCUCAAACCCAAGCCGAACCGAGCCACGCUGCCUCGUCUCCCAGGACUGAGCCCCAGCCCCACUGACCUUGUCCAGAAGAACGAUACACAAAAAGAAGUGGAGGAGGAAGAGGAGGAUCUGAGCGGGCUGCACCCCGGGGCGCUGCUGUAUCGAUCAGCAGCUCUGCAGAACUUCCCUGUCAUGGCCGACGCUCUGGCCCACGGAGCCAACGUCAACUGGGUCAACGUGACCGAGGAGUCCAGCACGCCUCUGAUCCAGGCCGUCUCUGCGAAUGCCCUGGCAGCCUGCGAGUUCCUGCUGCAGAACGGAGCGAACGUCAACCAGGCAGACAGCAACGGGAGAGGACCGCUGCACCACGCCACCAUCCUGGGUCACACUGGGUUGGUUUGUCUCUUUUUGAAGCGAGGAGCAGACUACAACGCCAGAGACAAGACACAGAAAGACCCCAUAUCCAUCGCCGUGGACACCGCCAACGCUGACAUCGUCACUCUGCUGCGGAUCGCCAAAAUGAACAAGGAGAUGCGGGAGAUGGACGGAGCGUUUGGCCAAUCAGGUGAUGAAACCUACCAGGAUAUAUUCAGGGACUUUUCUCACAUGGCCUCGAACAACCCAGAGAAGCUCAAACGCCGCAGUGCCGAUCCCAAAUCGUACCCUGCCUGAACCACAUUUCACACAGAAAACAUGUAUCAUAGUAACUCGCCGGCAUGCAGACACACAUUUCUCCUGGCCACCUGCCACAUGUUUAGUCAUAGCUCAGCUGCUGUUGACUUCAGAGGGGAUGAACGCUCCGAACAGGGAAUUCUUUGUGUGACACGUCAGAGCAGAGCAAUGUGGGAACACUGGAGCAGCUUAAUGAGAGCAGCAUGAGGUGUCUUUAUGUGAAGCAGAGCCAUCACUCUGCCAAGGUUUCUUAAUUAAAUCUGGUCAAUCUUUUAUUUUCUUUAACUAAAAGGGCUUUUUUUUAUGAUCCUCUGCCAUUUCUAUACAGUUGUUAAGUGAAAAAGUGAAAGUGUUUGUUGGAAAAUGUGUUGCAAAUUGUACAAUUUUCAUGUCAACUGUCGCCCAGGGAGUUGUAAUGUAUACAGCUUUUUACAUUUGGGAUAUUUUUUGGCACCUUUGCUUGAGGUACUUGAGUUUUUGUACAAUGAUCAAAUAAACUGCAAUACAAACAUUA